AUGGGGCAGCCGGCACCCAACCUGCCGGUGUCCCUGCCCAGCCUCGGGCUCACUCAGGCCCCGGGAGGCCUCUCCUGGUGCUUUCUACAAGCUUCUCCUGUUUUCAGCAUACUGGAUGCUGAGCUGCGCAUGAGGCAGAACCGGACCUUCCACUACCUUUGGUCCAUAGUCGCGUCCUGCGCGGGGAAGUCCCGCCUGGAGACAUCCGCCCUCCGCGCCGGCCAGUGGGCGGGCUGCGGAGAUGAGUCAGGGCGGCUGGCCCCGGCGCGGCGCUGGCCCUUCCCCGCCGGCCCAGGGGCGUGCGCCGGGCGGGGCUGGAGCCCGGCCCAGCUUGGCCCGGAGAGGAAGAACCAGGCCUGGGUAGCUCGGCCCUGGCCGGAGCGGCCCGACGCUGACCCUGGAGUCGGCGCGCCCGGAGCCCGGGGCCCGCGGGGAGGCGGGCGAGGCCGGCCCCGCGCCCUUGCCCCGCACGUCCACCCGCCAGAGGCCCACGGCCGGCGGUUACCUGCUGCCUCGGCUGCUCCGUGCGGGGCCGGGGGCGUGCGAGGCCCGCUGCGCCGCCCGGGCGCGCCCCCUUCCCGCGUCGGAAUCCCGCGAGCGGUGCUCGGUGAGAGGCCCGGGGCGCGCGGACAGCGGCGGCGCCGGACGAGGCCAGCAGGCGGGACGGCGCGGCAGACAAUGCGACCCGCGCAGAACCGCGCUGCGCGAGUGGGGCCGGCCGGCGCGCGCGUGGCCGAGUGUGUAUGUGUGCGCCUGCCAAUCAACGCUGACAGGCCGCGGCCCAUUGGCCGCGCCCCGCCCGCGUCACCGCCCACUGCCACCGCCCAUUGGGCGCGCUUGCCUCCCGCGCCUCGUCCCACCGGUGACCUAUUGGCCGUGGUGUCCCAGUGCUCCGCAAGCCGACUCCGCCAGCCGGGGUGCCAGGGCCUUAAAGGCAUCGUGACGGGGGAGACAGCCUCUCUGAGGAUGGCCCGGGGAAGUGGGGAGCAAGAGGAGUAG